UUCUGUCGUCUAGUGAGUAGUGCGGGUGUUCCAUAGCCCAUAACGCUUUUCCAUAAUUCUCUCAAUAAUUAUCAAAUUUACCCUCAACUUUCUUGGAUAAUUGUUACUGAAAUAUCCGUUAAGAGUUAUAUUUGCUAAUAAUCCGUCUUGCCGCGGAUGUCUCGUUGCCCAAACGUUGGAGAGGUAAAAACUUCAUAGCACAUUGUACCUAGCAUACAUGUAAUACUGUUAUCAACUCACAAAACACAAUUAUUAGAUUAACCACAGGCAAUCUAAAACCCCACUAGUUAACAAAAAAAUUUCACCCUUAACAAAAUGUCUAAAAGGAGAAUCGAAGUCGGCGAGCCAGCCUUAAAGAAAAAGAGGGACGAAAAGCCGGUGCCAGUAACACAAUAUUCCCUUGGCGGCACUGUUAGUGGUAACCCGUAUACUGGCCUCCCAUACACCCAACGCUACCACGAACUCUACAGAAAGAGAAUAGGCCUACCGGUGUUCGAAUACCGAAACGAUUUCAUGCGUCUUUUAAGCGAGAAUUCCUGUAUCGUGCUUGUCGGUGAAACCGGAUCCGGCAAAACCACACAGAUUCCGCAAUGGUGCGUCGAGUUCGCCAGAUCUGUGGGUCGGAAGGGGGUGUGCUGUACCCAACCUAGAAGGGUGGCCGCCAUGUCAGUAGCUCAGAGGGUGUCAGAAGAAAUGGAUGUGGCUCUAGGGCAAGAGGUCGGUUACAGUAUUCGUUUUGAGGAUUGUUCGUCGGCAAAGACAGUUUUAAAGUACAUGACAGAUGGUAUGUUACUGCGUGAAGGUAUGAGCGACCCGAUGCUGGAAUCUUACCAGUGUAUAUUGCUCGAUGAGGCUCACGAGAGAACUUUAGCGACGGACAUCCUGAUGGGUGUCCUAAAAGAAGUUAUUAGGCAACGCAACGAUUUAAAAUUGGUCAUUAUGUCUGCCACAUUGGAUGCCGGCAAGUUUCAGCAGUAUUUCGAUAAUGCCCCUUUGAUGAAUGUGCCCGGAAGGACUCAUCCGGUAGAGAUAUUUUAUACUCCUGAGCCGGAGCGGGAUUAUUUGGAGGCGGCCAUAAGAACAGUGAUUCAGAUUCAUAUGUGCGAAGAGAUUGCCGGGGACGUUCUACUUUUCCUAACCGGUCAAGAAGAAAUCGAGGUGGCGUGCAAACGAAUCAAACGUGAAAUAGACAACCUCGGUCCGGAAGUUGGCGAACUAAAGUGCAUCCCGCUCUACUCGACCCUUCCGCCGAACCUUCAGCAGCGAAUCUUCGAAGAUCCGCCGCCGAACAAGCCGAACGGAGCGAUCGGUCGCAAAGUGGUCGUAUCGACGAAUAUCGCCGAAACAUCACUAACGAUCGACGGGGUCGUGUUCGUUAUCGAUCCGGGAUUCGCCAAGCAGAAAGUCUACAAUCCGAGGAUCCGAGUCGAGUCGUUGCUGGUGUCGCCGAUUAGUAAGGCGUCGGCGCAACAGAGGGCCGGACGCGCCGGUCGCACCAAACCCGGCAAGUGUUUCCGCUUGUACACGGAGAAAGCGUUCAAACACGAGAUGCAAGAUAAUACUUAUCCUGAGAUUUUAAGAUCCAACUUGGGUUCUAUUGUGCUCCAACUGAAAAAAUUGGGAAUCGACGAUUUGGUCCAUUUCGAUUUUAUGGAUCCGCCCGCCCCGGAAACUUUGAUGAGGGCCCUGGAGCUGCUCAACUAUUUGGCCGCGUUGGACGACGACGGCAACCUGACGGACUUGGGGGCCGUGAUGGCCGAAUUCCCGUUGGAUCCCCAGUUGGCGAAGAUGCUGAUCGCCAGCUGCAACCACAAUUGUUCCAAUGAAAUACUGUCCGUAACCGCGAUGUUAUCAGUCCCACAGUGUUUCGUCAGACCGAACGAGGCGAAGAAGGCGGCCGACGACGCCAAGAUGCGAUUCGCACACAUCGACGGCGACCACCUCACAUUGCUCAACGUCUAUCACGCCUUCAAACAGAGCAUGGAAGAUCCGCAAUGGUGCUACGAUAAUUUCGUAAAUUACCGUUCGCUUAAGUCGGCGGACAACGUUAGACAGCAGCUGUCCAGGAUCAUGGACAGGUUUAACUUGAAGCGAACCUCCACCGAUUUUACCAGUAAAGACUACUACAUCAAUAUCCGGAAGGCGCUCGUGAAUGGAUUCUUUAUGCAGGUGGCCCACUUAGAACGUACCGGCCAUUACUUAACGAUAAAAGAUAACCAAAUUGUCCAACUUCAUCCGUCUACUUGCUUGGAUCAUAAACCCGAAUGGGUUAUCUAUAACGAGUUCGUAUUGACCACUAAGAAUUACAUCAGAACCGUAACGGACAUUAAACCCGAUUGGUUAUUGAGAAUUGCACCCCAGUACUACGAUCUAAACAAUUUCCCUCAGUGCGAGGCAAAGAGACAAUUGGAAAUAUUACAGAACAGGAUGGAGUCGCGACAGUACCAGCAAGGCUUUUAAAUAAAUUUAUUUUAUUUAAGUUAUAUACUUAAAGGUUAGUCAUAGAUUGUAAUUCCGUUACAAGUUUCUUCUGCAACAUUAUUGUCCUUAAGUUAUGAACAUAUUAAAGCAUUUUUUUACCUA